AUGUUAUCUGCACGUGCUGGAAAUGACACCCCGCAGUGGGAAAAGACGGUCAAUCGCAAGAGGGCGGAGCGUGAGGCACUGAUUCCCUCGGAAUGGAAAGUGACGCCGCCUUCCAACGGCACCAGCUUCAGCCCCCGUGAAGUCGUCAUUAAGAGUGGUGUUUUGUCCACCGAAGAGUUGGACAUUACAGAUACUUCAAAGUACGAUCUCACAGAAACGGCGAAAAGGAUCGCUUCUGGUAAUCUGUCAGCAGAAAAGGUUGUGACUGCUUUCUGCAAGCGCGCAACUGCAACGCAUUCUCUGGCCAAUCACCUUACUGAAAUCAACUUCAAAGCGGCUAUUGACCGCGCCAAGGAGCUUGACAGCAUCUUUCAGAGAAAUGGCUCUGUUGUUGGCCCUCUCCAUGGCAUCCCCAUGACAAUCAAAGAUGCCAUGGACUUGAAGGGCUUUGCUGCAUCUGAGGGGCUCACUCCACUCGCAGACGCUAUUGCGCCUGACAAUGGCGUUCUCAUCCAAAUCCUCAUCGACGCCGGUGCCGUCAUCAUCGCCAAGACCAAUAUGCCCCAGACGGGACUUGCGGCGGACUCCAACAGCAUUCUUUGGGGUCGUACCUUGAAUGCCCAUAACAGCCGGUUUGGCGCGGGAGGGUCUACAGGUGGAGAGGGCGUGUCAAUGGCAACAAGCUCGUCUCUUUUUGGUGUCGGCUCUGAUGGCGCAGGGUCCUGCCGGAUGCCUGGCCAUGCCAAUGGAGCGAUUGGCUUUCGCCCAAGCGGAUCCAGGUUACCUCCCGGCGGCCGCAAUCUGCCCUGGUCUCCAGGUCGCAUUGGUAUUGGCCCGGCAGCCGGCGAGGGUUUCUUUGCGCAAUCGGUCCGCGACCUUCGUCUGGUCUCCAAGAUUGUUUCGGAUGCCCAGCCUUGGGAAAGAUCAAGCAUCCAGCUGUAUCCGAGCCCUUGGCGCAACGAGACAGCGCCCAAAAAGCCCCGAAUUGGAGUCUGGGAUGUGGAAAGCUCGAAUACUUUUAUUCAUCUGUUUCCUCCAGUGCUGCGUGGCUAUAGGGCAGCCGUUGAUCGGCUUAGAGAAGCCGGCAUUGAGCUGGUCCCAUUCAAUCCUCCUGACCUCAGCACGGUAUGGGAUCUUUGCAAGGAAUUUCUUCUCUUCCAAGGUAUUGAAGGAAUUACCGAGCUCAUCUCACAGGAGCCCAUCACUGAGAUUGUCCGCCGGACUGGAAUCUUCGUUCCGGAUUCCCCGCGGUUCCCCAUUAGCGUGCAGACGCUGUACGAUCUCAACAUCAGGCUCAUGAAUCUAACAAGCAUCGUGGAUGACGAGUGGAAUAGCAGCGGUGAGCCUUUGGACGCUUUGCUCUCUGUUACUGCUGCAAACACUGCGCUGCCGUUCGAUCAAUGGCUCGACACCUCCUACACUUCCAUUUACAACAGCGUUGAUUUCCCCGCCAUCAACCUGCCUCUAAACAUGACGGUCGAUCGGAAUCUUGACGCCAAGUAUGAGAAUUUCAAGCCCUUUUCUCCGGAAGACGAGCGACUGGAAGCACUGUACGACCCAGAGAGCUUCCAUGGCUUGCCUCUGUCCGUCCAGCUCGCGGCUCGAAAGUUUGAGGAUGAGAAGUUGUUGGCAAUUGCGGAGCUGAUUCAUCCCAUCAUCACGGCCAGGUAA